AUGCGCGUCUGGUUACUUCUGUCUAUAUGUGUUCUAACCACAACAGCUCAAGAUUUGAAUACAUUCGGCAUUGGACUUUCGAGUCAAUGGCUUUAUUCAAACGAGAGUGAAAUUUUUAAUCAUACACUUUCUCCAGGUUCGAAUUUUGGUGUUCUUACUCAUUUUUGGACUACUGGUGAUCCAGCUAUCGAUCAAUCUACUUUUUCGUAUUAUAUCGAUGGAGAACAAGUACCAUCAAUUCAAUUCGUCACCUAUAUGUUAGCCGGGGCUGGAUUUAAUGAUCAAACUGCACCAUGGGGAACAAAAUGGAUUGGUAAAGGAGCACAAGCUGGUGGUUGGUAUAAUAAUUUUCGAGUGCCAUUUCAAAAAUCAAUUCGUGUCACUGGUAAAUUACCCUCAUUCGUUACGGAUCGAAAAAUAAUUUGGGUUAUUGUACGUGGAACUGAAAAUUUACCAACUGAUUUUCAUGGUUUUCAGCUUCCACUAAAUGCUCGUUUAACUUUACAUAAAAUUGAAAAUCAAACUUACGACCCAUUAGCAUGGGUACGUGUUGCUGAUAUUCCAACUGGUCGUGGUUUACUUCUUUCGCAUACAUUAGCUGUGAAUAGUGGCAAUUUAAAUUUUUUAGAAGGUUGUUAUCAUGCCUAUACACAAUAUGAACAACAAUUCCCGGGCUUAAUUGUUUCUACUGGAACCGAAGAUUAUUUUGAUAGUGCUUUUUAUUUUAAUGCUGGACAAUUUCAUUUUGAAGUCUCUGGCUAUUCGCAUUUUCGACAAGUGUCAAAGGAUAUACUUGAAUGGUCCGCUUAUCGUAUGCAUGAUUUAGAUCCAAUAUUUUUUACAAAUGGUUUUCGUUUUGAAUGGAGAAAUGGUGAUGUUGUUGACGAUCGUGGUUUUAAGUGUAUUGUCGAUCAAGGUGGCCAUGUUGUUGGAACGCCGACAAAAUCCAUUGUGUCAUCGUAUGCAUGGGUUUAUGUUUGGUAG